AUGAACCCUCCAAUACCUGAUAAACAAGUCUCUGAAAUUGUUACUCCAUCACAAAUUCAACUUAUUAAUCUUCGAGCAUUACAAGGAUUUUUUCCAAUUAUUGAGAGUGUAAUUAUGAAUUGUGGAGUAGUUAGUGUGUAUGAACUAAGAAGUGAAGGUGGAAAAGAAAUUACUGAUGUUGGUUGUCGUGGACCAUUAUUUUUAGUUCAAACACGACAUAAAGAAUUAUGGUUAGUUGUUCUGAAUCAAUCAUCAUUUGGAAUAUAUCAUACAAUUGUUUCAGAACAAACACAGUUUCAACAACAAGAUCGUUAUUUAACAUUAACUCAUUUAGAUAAUCAAUGUUUAGUUCAAUUUUGUUUUAUUUCACAAAGUGCAAAUGAAGAAUGUACGAAUGUAGUUAGUAGACUUAGAAGAGAAUUAAGUGAUAGAGUAAGAUUUGGAAGACUUUUAAAACAAGCAGUGACAUAUUGUUCAAUGUAA